AACGUAGGGAAGGAGUCGGAGAGAGACCCAUUGCACUGUUAGAACGGCGUCUCCGGCAGCACCCAAUUGAUCCCGGAAAGGGAGUCCUGCUGAUCGGAGAGCUGAAUCGAGAUGGCCACCUCGAAUUUGGAGGCGAGCAGCACCGACGUUUCUCAGUUCAAUCACACUCCCUUUUACUGUGAGGAAAAUGUGUACUUGCUGUGUAAGAAACUCUGCGCAAAUGGGGUAGCUGAUGCUCAAGGGUCUGAUCUUUUCGUAGUUUUCAUUGCCAAUGAGAAGAAGCAGGCAUGGAAAAUUUUGGUAUUUUGACUUAAGCUCAUGUUUUGGUUCUCUUUUUUGAUCUACAUUUUCAUUGUAGGGAAGGAUGAAAAACGCAAAAUUUGGUAGUGAAUAUGGGUUUAUGAAAUGGUUAUGCAAAUGCCUGUAAAGGGUAGAGGGGAUUGAGCUGAAAAGUUGAAAAUUAUGUCUUGGUUUUGUGUGCUAGAACUUGAAUUCGUUUGGAUGGAAGCAUUUGUUCUUAACAAGUGUUCUUGAAAUACAGUUUGAAGAAAUCUAGAGUGACAUUUUCUUUUCUCAUGAUCUGCUCUAUACGUUUAGAUGAUUUUUAUUGUGGUAAUUUGGGGAAGAAAAUCUGCAGAUCCCACUAUGGCAUCAAAAGGCCAGCAACAGAGCAGAUGGUAUUAUUCUCUGGGAUUAUCAUGUGAUUUGCAUACAGAGGAAAAGAGAUGGUGACUCUCAUUUGGUUUGGGACUUGGAUUCAAGUCUUCCUUUUCCUUCUCCUUUAGCCACUUAUGUUUCUGAAACUAUCCGGCCAUCUUUUCAGCUAUUUUCCGAGUAUCAGAGGUUUUUCAGGGUUGUGCAUGCUCCAAUCUUCCUGCGUUGCUUUGCAUCUGAUCGAAGACAUAUGAGAGACUCUGCUGGGAACUGGAUUGCUGAACCUCCUGCCUAUGAAUCUAUAGUUGCUGAAGGUAAAUGCAUCAGGAAACCGUGAAACUUUAAAGAAAUCUUUGUUUAUAUAUUUACUUGACUAUUUCAGUUACAUCCUGUGAAUCUUAUUUAAACCUCUCAGGUCUUGCGUAGGAGGUUUAUCCUUUAGUUUGUACAUUUAGCUUGCUGGUUUGUGAUGGUAGCCUGUGUUACUAAGUAACCACAUUUUACUAAGCUGAGCUUUAGAUUUGGGAAGUAAUAAUAUCAAAAAUGAUGGUUGCUUCCUAUGUUGUUCAUGUUCCUAAUUGGGAAUGGCUGUUGGACAUAACAUAUAACAAUGUCCAACAAGGGUACAUUUUAGUUCUUUUUUAGCUUUUCUUUACUGCUUCUUCAAUCUUGAGCAUCAGGAAUCUCAUUGCCAUUUUUUCUAACCAGUUGGAGGAACUUUGUUCCUAUUUCUUGUCUACAUUUUGGGUUUGAUUAUACCUCAUCUCCUUUUUAUUGAUACAUUGGAAGUUGCCUGCUUGGCAUAAUGGGUGUUGACUCCAAAUCAAGGUUUUAAGUCAAUGGGUACCAACUCAGCUAAGUUCUUGUUGGUGAUUAAAGUCUCAUUUCCUUGUAUAACUGAGUGUAAUUUGUAUCUGUAAUUCACUAAUAUUGAAGAAACUUGUAGGCUAAUUUACUAACUUGCAGAUAAGGAAAAUCCAAAUCUCUGCAUCUCUUCCCUUGAGUUGUUCUGACUACCAUGU